ACUUUCCGAACAGAUUUGUAAAAUGGCGACUGCCGAACCGGAAACCAAUCCAAGUCCAUCCUUGUCAGAUGAGGAUGGAGCUCAAGAGUCGAAGGGGACUGACCAGGAAGUGGUGAACCUAGAAUCCUACAUCAAACUCCCCCUGCAAAACAGAUGGUCUCUGUGGUUCUUCAAGAAUGACAAGACCAAAACAUGGCAGGCCAACCUGCGGCUCAUUUCAAAAUUUGACACAGUUGAAGAUUUCUGGGCACUCUACAAUCAUAUCCAGUUGUCGAGCAAUCUCAUGUCAGGCUGUGAUUACUCCCUUUUUAAGGAUGGAAUUGAGCCCAUGUGGGAGGAUGAGAGAAACAAGCGUGGAGGGCGCUGGCUGAUCACACUCAACAAGCAGCAGAGGAAAUUAGAUCUGGAUCGCUUCUGGUUGGAAACACUCCUGUGCUUAGUCGGAGAGGCUUUUGACAACUACAGCGACGACGUUUGCGGAGCUGUGGUCAACAUCCGCACUAAAGGAGAUAAAAUCGCUGUUUGGACAUCGAACUAUGACAACCGUGAAGCUGUAACACACAUAGGGAGAGUUUACAAGGAGCGCUUGAGGCUCCCUAUGAAGAUAACUAUUGGCUACCAAUCUCACUCUGACACAGCAACCAAGAGUGGCUCGACCACCAAAAACAAAUAUGUUGUUUGAGAAGUAUGUUUACUUUUUUGCAAAUACUGUGCGGAAGGCAAUCCAAGACUACAUACCAAAUACCUGCCCAAGACUUGGACCACAGAAUUAGCUGAGUUUCCAUCUUCCAAAACAAUAACACUUUGUUUACAUGGAUAGCAAUAUUUUGGUAUUAACCGCCUUAAUACACUGCCUCUGGAGGGGAAGUGCUACUUUUAAAAAGUAGACAUGAAGUUUCGAAGUAGAUGAUGACAUUGUAAACAUGUUAACAGGAAUAUAAAUUGAACAUGUAUAAGCAUCCAUCAAAAUAUGGUGGUAGGUUAUUGCAGUUUAUGUAAACAGCCCAUACCAUAUUAUAUCACUGGUUUCUAUUUAGAGUGGGUCAAAAUCUUACGCUCAAAUAUGUACACCUUUUUUUUCUUUUUAUAGUUGUAAACUAUUCAAAGAAGAAACAUAAUAUUUUCUACAGCACAAGUGGUUUGCUGUAAUUGUGUAAGACCUUAAACCUUUGUAAUUUAUUCUAUCACGUUGCCUGAUUAUCAUUAAGUUGUGUGACAUGGUUUUAUGCUUUUUUGUUGCACGUGAUAUUUGUUGGGAAAUAUAUUUAAUUAAUGACUGUUAUUUGUUGAGUGUUAAUGAUUAAAAUAUAAUUUUGCAAUGGA